CAUCUCUCUCGUGAAUCAAUCAUGGCAGCCAUUGAGGGUGUCAAGCUCUUCGGCAAGUGGUCGUUCGACGACAUCGAGGUCAACGACAUUGCGCUCAUGGACUACAUUGCUGUCAAGCCCAAGUCUGCGCAGUUCCUCCCGCACUCUGCUGGUCGCUGGCAGGUCAAGCGCUUCCGCAAGGCCACGUGCCCGAUUGUGGAGCGCAUGACGUGCUCGAUGAUGAUGCACGGCCGUAACUCCGGCAAGAAGCUCAUGGCUGUGCGGAUCAUCAAGCACUGCUUCGAGAUCAUCCACCUGCUCACGGACCAGAACCCGAUCCAGGUGCUCGUUGACGCCGUCGCCAACGCCGGUGCCCGUGAGGACUCGACCCGUGUCGGCUCGCACGGUACCGCCCGCCGCCAGGCCGUCGAUGUCUCGCCGCUCCGCCGCGUCAACACGGCCAUCUACCUCAUCUCGGUCGGUGCCCGUAACUCGGCCUUCCGCAACAUCAAGACCAUCGCCGAGUGCCUCGCCGACGAGAUCAUCAACGCCGCCAAGGGCUCGUCGAACUCGUACGCCAUCAAGAAGCGUGACGAGACAGAGCGCGUUGCCGUCUCCAACCGCUAAAGGAAGCGUUACCUCCUCA